CCAAUUUCCUGCAGGGACCUAAUCCAUUGAUAUGUAUGGCUAUGAACUUUUGUUAGAAGGAAAUUAUACCAGGCACUCCCGAUUCGGUUCAGUAGUUUUGAUUCCAGCGCCAUUUUUGUGAACCAAAAUCAGGGGUUGUUUGGUCCUUGGUGUUCACCGUGGUCUUGAAUGCUCACUUCCUUGCCGAUGUGUUUACCAUACCACUGCUUACUGCCACUACUCGAUUUUCAAGGUUGGACAUUCGUCCGGUUUUAGAGUAGCGCACCACACCUGACAACCUGCAUAUUACAGUGAACUCAUCGUAUUCUCGAGCGUACUGGGAUUACAAUCAACUGGUGCGCUAGGUUGCAUGAUUGAGUACACUUGACUUUCCGGAUCGGCUGUAGGUGUUUCCGUGUGUUCGUUUUUGGAGGAUGGCCCAUUCACUUUUCGCACUUGCGGUAGUGUUUUCAUUCAUCGGUUUAGUGCGUGCUCAAUGUUGUAUGCCCGAUACGUGCAAGAAUGGUGCAACAUGCAUGGACGGAACGGGAAAUGCUGUGUGCACGUGCGCUGUGGACGGAUGGAACGGACAGUAUUGCAAUGACCAAUUCCUUGUUAGAAACUUAGAUGGCCGUAUCGUGAAAUCAACUUGGACAGUACGACUUGUCUUCAAUGCACCCUCACCCGAGCCACAAGGUGUCUAUAAUUACUACAUCUACUCGAUGAUUCACUACAGUGUGCCAGGGACGAUGAUAGGCAAUGUUUCAAGUGAGGGUCCCCAGACAGUUUACUUUAUCCACAACCUGAGAUCAGGUCGUCAUGGGUUCAGUGUGGCUGUAUAUGUGCCCCAGGAUGAUAUGUUGUACAACAAAUCUGGCCCCGUCUUUGUCACUCUGCCCUAUGGGGGGCCUCACGCUCCAACAAAUGUGCGAGUUGAGGUCAAAUCACCAAACAUGGUUCACGUUUCCUGGACAUGGGAAGCACAAGGGAGUGAAUACGUCGAAAAUUUUCGGGUCAUGUACAGGAUGAAAACCAGCGUACAUUACACGGAAAAGUACACCUGGUACAACAAUCGGUCAACUCUCAUUGAAGGCCUCACUGCCAACACAUUCUACAGGUUUAAGGUGCAGGUAGUAAAUCGUUACGGACCAGGCCCCGAUUCUACCAUAGUUGAUAUAUUCACAUCGACCAACCCUCACGAUACUAAAUGUAACCUGAACCCCUUUCAAUAUGCCGGCGCAUGUAUUCCACCGACCAACAGUAAUUUGUAUGACUGCAAAGUCGUCAGUGGAAGAAACUGCCAAAAUGUAGACGCAGCUAAUUCAAACACCACAGCGAUCAUUAUUGUCUUGGUCGCUGUCAUCGUCGUUCUGAUUGUCGUGGUGUGCUUCGUCAAAGUUCACAGCACAAGCGCAGAGGCGGUCAACCUGCUUUUUUCGAAAAAUAGGGUGGAUAGGAGCUCACAAAAAGAGAAAGUCGAAUGUUGAUGGGAUUCACAAUCUUCAAGCAUCGGCCUCGGAGUCUAGUGAACCCUACAAGGAUGUAACAAGUGUGACUGUAUAUAUUCGCAUUGGUUAUUCACUUCUUACGUGAACUGAUUUAUUUGGUGGAGUAGUUUUUAGUGUCUGUUCUCGUGUACAAAAUGGUUAGAGAAUCAAAAGAUAUUUUCCAAAAGCUCCUAUUUUAACCAGAAUUACUUUCCUGGGUCAAAUUUCUGACCAAAUAUCCCUUACAUAAAACACUUUAAUUUGCGACCGAUAAGUAUACCUUGGAAGUUCCUAGAUUUUGAGUAAAAUCCAUCUAUUUCGUGAAAUCCCAGUGGAAACAUAUUCACCUUUAGACAUUUCCUUCUGAUGGAGACAUUUACAGUUUUUUGUUCCGUAUUACACCCGACUCCCCACAAGGUAGCAUUUUUUUGGAAACAUUCAAAGCGAUGUA